AGGAAGAAGGCAAUCUUUCAAAUGGUUCAUGAAUGGUGGCAUCUCAAAAUGCUGAAGAGAGCAGGUUGGGGACACAAUCCAACAGGGUCAGUGGGAACAGCCAAAGGCAAGCUUGCGGUUGAGUGUCCUGCCUGUCCAACACCUGGCGUCAACCUUCCGGAUAGCUGGGAC